UUUUGUUUAUUGAAGUCAUUUCAUUUGGCUUUUCGAGAUGCCAAAAUCAUAAUUUUUUCAAAGAUACUCUGAGUAACGAAAAUAAGAAAUGGAUAUAUCCUUUCCAGCACAUACCCUUUAAUGCAUGCACAUUUAGAAAAUUAAUCUAGACAUUAAUUGUAAAGUAAUUUAACCAAGAAAAUAAUUUGCUAUGAUUUUUUUAUAGAUUCUGAAUAGUUUUAGAUAUAGGGCUUAUCAUUACAAUUGAUUAAUGAUCUCAUAGCCUGAAGUUUGUGUGUGCAUGGAAACCUAAAACACUCUGUGUCUUUGAAAAUAACUAAACAAUUUUUUUCUUACACGUUUGAAGUUGUCAGUUAUAAGUUACACACAUAUUCUUAAGAAAAUCUGAAAUGGCCUUUAAGAAUAAGUUGCUUUGCAAUAAUAAAUAAGACAAAAAGAUUAUUUCCUUUUGGAAAAUGACCCACAAGUGACUCCCCUCCUCCCCCAAGAAUUAGUGAUCUAUAUUCAGUAAGUAUUUUGGAAUCUGGGCAAUUCCACUACUUCUCUGUUUCGACUAUGAGAACUUUAUUUCUCUGGUCUUCAAUUUCUUUUGCACCUGAAAAAUAAAGAUUGUGACCUUGAACUAAAUGUCCUCAAAGAUUCUUCCCUCUUCGAUGAUACUGUGACUAUCCUUGGGAUUCUAAACGCCCUGUUCUCAAAACAGCUAUCCUAGGAUUUUAAUGAAGACAAGGUGGUGCUUUUAUAUUAGCGACUUUCUAGUUCUUUGUUAAUUAAGAACAAGUUUCUCUUUCUUGACUCCAGUUCACCUGAGUGCUCCUAAAAAUCUAACACAUUAGUAAAUGAGAUCUUUAUUUUUAAAAGGUUUUUUUCCCUUUCUUUAUGAGUGAUAGAAGUUUCACAAUGUGUACUUAAUUUUCCUGUAAGUUCUAAAAGGCAAAUUUCACUGGGGCCAUGAAAGAAUUCUCAAAUUUAUCCAGACUAUGUAGAAACCACCAUCACAGCUGGCUGAAAGGUAAAAGCUUGGUUAAAUUGACUUGGCCGGGUUCCCAGGGGUUCGCAGGCAUUAAGCAAUAGCUGAGAGUAAGUCCAUCGCCUUCAGAAGCUGCAAUAACUCUUUGAUCCACUGCCUUUCUAUUUAGCACGCUGCUCUAUAAUAACGUAUUUGUGAGUAAUAGGAGAAAGUCGAUUCUCCUUCCAAAUGCACCACAUUUAUAGCCUAGGAUGUAACAUCUCUGGGAUGUUGUCAAUUUUAAAGUUCUCCUUCCAGGUUGAUUGGCUACAUGGCCACUGGGCACAUGUCCUUUUUUUUUCUUUUUAAACAUUCUUUCUGGCAUCAUUACUGUUUUAUAUAGAUACGAUCAAUUUUCUUUUGAUUUCAUAACCCAGAGGAAUUGGAUGGUGGAUUUUUAGGGGAGAUAUUCUAUCCUCAGGUGAUCAGAGGACCUUUCAAAACGACCGCCACAGAGCUCCGGCGGCAACCAUGGCGUAUAACGGCCUCACGGUGCCUCUCAUCGUAAUGAGCGUGUUCUGGGGCUUUGUCGGCUUCUGCGUGCCCUGGUUCAUUUCUAAGGGUCCCAACCGGGGAGUUAUCAUCGCCAUGCUGGUAACCUGUUCAGUUUGCUGCUAUCUCUUUUGGCUGAUUGCAAUUCUGGCCCAACUCAACCUUCUCUUUGGACCACAGUUGAAAAAUGAAACCAUCUGGUAGCUCAAGUAUCAUUGGCCUUAAGGAGGAAGACCUGCUCUCCAGUGUGCCAUCAUUGAGGUCACGAAGAGAAUUCCUCUAGAUGCAAAAUCAACUCCAAACCCAGACCACCUUCUUUGACUCACCUCUUUUGGCCGUCAGCUGCCUUAAAUAUUCACACCAUGUUUGAGUAUCUUAUUCUACAAUGCAGUAUUUUUCCUGUCACCUUUUUUACGUUUUGACGAAUUAUGUGCCUACUUAACCUAAACUGUGCUGACUCUGUAAAGUGUUUAUGCACUCUUCUGAGAUAGAAGGUGCUAUUCUUCUGAGAAAUACAUUGCUCUCUCCUUGGAACCUGUGAAUUUGGAGAUGACUCCUGCCUGGUCACAACAUGGGAAUCAGCAAAGUGUUUAACUGUCACAAGACAGAAUCCAGUGGGGCAAUCAGUAGAAGAGCAUGUUCAAAGGGGCUGUCGGUCCCAAAAGAAUUGCACCAAAGUAUAUUUUCAGGAUGACUUUCUUAUUUCUGCCAUCUACUGGAAUAAAUUAUUUUUCUCUGUGGGAAAAA